AGAGAAAGGUAACCGACAGCAGCACCGACCGACAGCACCGGGCGGAGCAGCACGAGCAGCAGUCACACACACGGCAGGAUAACGGAGCUGAAGCGCGGGGAGAUCCUGCAGAUGUGCAGCCGGUUAACGAGCAGCUGGACGCCGCUGUGACCGACAGAAAUGGGACGGAGCUUUUCUUCCUGAUAGGAGCUUCAGCAGCAGCGGUGGAACCAGGCUGGCCUGCGGACGCGAGGGGGGACAUCCCGGGCUCAGACAUGGCCCACGUAGGCAACGGAGCCACGGCCGAGGAGGAGGAUUGUUUCGAAGAUGCUUUUGACAGAAUACCUGCGGCUUGUAAGAUGGACCUGCAAACAGCCAUCCAGGAGACUCAGUGCGCUCUCAACCUGGUCCUCAACAACAAGUUCUCCGAGGCCUUGGACCUACUGAAACCAUGGUGGAGGGACAGUAUGUACCAUGCGUUGGGCUACAGCAGCAUCUUGGUGAUGCAGGCGACCAUGACCUUCGAGCACAGAGAUAUUCAGGCUGCCAUGGCAACCAUCAAGGAGGCGUUGAACACCUGUCAGAGGUUCAGGAAGAAGAACUCGGUCGUCGGAUCUCUGUCGAGUCUUAUCAGCAAGCAGUCCAAUCUACAAGAAGAAGAGAUGCAUGCAGAGAUCUGCUACGCCGAGUGUCUGCUGCAGAAAGCCACACUGACAUUUGUGCAGGAUGAAAACAUGAUCAGUUUUAUCAAAGGCGGCAUCAAGAUUCGAACCAGCUACCAAAUCUACAAGGAUUGUCAGAAUGUGCUGAAUGCUGCUCAGGACUCAGCGAACCAGUCUGAUUCGUUCAGACAGUUUGAGGGCGGAGUCAAACUGGGCAUCGGAUCCUUUAACCUGAUGUUGUCUCUUCUUCCUCAGAGGAUUUUGAGGUUGUUGGAGUUCAUCGGAUUCUCAGGAAACAGGGGCUUCGGCUUGUCUCAGCUGAGAGAGGGAGCAUCCAGCCACAGUCUGCGGUCCAUCCUCUCCGCUCUAACUCUGCUCUUCUACCACACAUACGUCUCACUCAUACUGGGAACUGGAGAGGGGAACCUGGUGGAGGCUGAAGCUCUGCUGGAGCCAUACCAACAGAAAUACCCAAAAGGCUCCAUCAUUCUCUUCUACUCUGCUCGCAUCGCCACGCUGCGCGGGAACUUCGAGAAGGCCCUGUCCAGGUACGAGGAGUGCAUCAGCAGCCAGCAGGAGUGGAAGCAGAUCCACCACCUGUGUUACUGGGAGCUGAUGUGGACUCACUCCUACCAGCAGCAGUGGCAGCAGGCGUACAGCUACGCAGACCUGCUGUGCAAGGAGAGCCGCUGGUCCAAGGCUAUCUAUGUUUACCAGAAGGCAGCCAUCCUCAGUAUGAUGUCAGAGGAGGAAGUGAAGAACACGGGAGAGGACAUCACCGAGCUCUUCAGGCAGGUGGAGGGGCUGAAGCAACGGCUGGCAGGGAAGUCCAUCCCAACGGAGAAAUUCGCAGUGAGGAAGUCGAGACGCUACAAAGCUGCUAACCCAAUUCCCCUGAUCAUCCCUGCACUGGAGAUGAUGUACGUUUGGAACGGUUUCACCAUCGUCGGGAAGCGAGCCGACUGUACAGAGUCCCUGCUGGUUACCAUAGAGACGGCUGAGGAGCAGCUCCGCAACGACCCCAACCCGUCAGAGUUUCAUCCAGACGACAGCUGUCUGGUCCAGAUGUUGAAGGGACUCUGUCUGAAACACCUGGGCCGGUUACUGCAGGCCGAGCUGUGCUUCACUCAGGUCCUGUCCAGUGAGAGUCGGAUCCGAUACGAUCACUACUUGAUUCCCUUCACCACGUAUGAGUUGGGUCUGCUGUAUAAACUACAGGGAGACUUCACCAAGGCCACCACGUACAUCGAAAACGCCAAGACAAACUACAAGGACUACUCCAUGGAGUCCAGACUGCACUUCAGGAUCCACGCGGCCCUCAACAGCCUCAAAGGAUCACCUGUUGGCACCCCAUAAUACUCCA